AUGUCUGUUGAUAAUACCAUCAAAGCUUCAAAAGCAUCAAGCUUUACACAUCAUCCAAAUUCAGCCAUUCAUACUGAUAUCGCUAACAACUCAUUUGUUCUGGGUCCUAUCAAUUCAUUGACCGAUGGUGAGGAAGAGAGUGCUGAUUUUAGUUUUGAAACUUUUAAAAGUCAAAUCCCAUUCACCGUGAUUAAUAACAUUGUUUCAAGUGAUUUGGCACUAAAUGGAGAAUUGAUUACUGAUCGUUCCAUUUCAUCAAGUUCUGAUUCAACUGAUUUAACUAUAUCACAAGAUGGUUCUUUACUGUUGAAUAAAGAUGGAAAUCAUCAAACUCCUCUGUUUUCGGAAAAUUUUGAAAUUGUCAAGAAUUCUACAACUAUAUAUGCUACAGAUGUUGAUUCUCAAACUGGUGGUGAUGUUUUAAGUUUGAUUAGUGGGACUACAAUUUCUCAACUUUUAAAUUUGGAUACAAUAGCUACUGAAUCAAAUAUUUCAAGUGCUAUUAAAAAAGCUGAAAUUGGGAAAUCUAUAUCAGUGAAGGAUGAUAACUCAUCCAAGAUUAAUAGGGGUUCAACGGUACAAGAGGUUGAAUGUAUGAAUGUUGGUUCUUCGAAAAUUUUGGAGAAUAAUGAAAUAAAAGUUGAAUCAAUUGAACCUUCAAAACAGAAUGAUAAACAAGUUAUGGAUAUCAAAUCAGUUGUAAUGAGUUCAAAAGGUGUUGCUCAACUGUUUUUCAUUUCAAUGAUCAAAUUUGCUAAAGGUUCUCCAGUUAAAUUUGUUACUGCUAAACAACUUGAAAAACAGAUUGAUGAUGAAGUGCAAAGAGUUUUUUAUAUCAAGUAUCAAAUGAAUGCAUUCUCUAGUAUUAAAUCCUUCUUCACUCAAAGAAAACCUGGAGAGGAUCAAUUUUAUAAAAAAGCUGUGCAUUCAUUAUUUAAAAAAUUGACUAUAAUUUAUUCAAAUCAAAAACUAUAUUAUGAUGUCAAUCAAAGAGGAAUGACACCAAUUGAUGUUUAUAAAUUUAGAACUUGGAGACAUGAUGAAUAUGUUGGUGUUAAUGAUUCAAGAUAUGGUCGAGUUCUGAAAGGUGAUGGUUGGCAUAGUACUUGGUUACCUCCAUUCCAUGAUUUUAAAAUUAUUACAAAUCGUUCAAGUUUUUCAUGGAGUAGAGAUUUAUUUAAACCAAUUGUUGUUUUCCCUAAAUUGAGAUUUCUUGUUAAAAAUGAAGAUCCUGAUACUUUGGUUAAUUAUUAUGGGUUAUUAUUAGAUGUUUUAGAUUCACAAGUUUUUGAAUCCAAAAAACUUAAAUAUAAAUCAUUGAAUGCUUCAAAUUUAGGUGAAGUUUUAGCAUCUAGACCAACUGGUAAUAUUAAAAAACUGAGUAAAAUUAUAUGGAUUGAACUUAGAGAAUAUGUUUAUAAUCAUCAUGAAUGUAUUCAAUAUAGACGUUCAGAUAUUUUGGGAGCUGAAGAACCAAUUAAAGAAAAGUUUGUCAAGAUUGUUGAUUGUGCUAUAAAUGGUUAUAUUGAAGCUUUUAAUUACCUUGAUGGAUUUUCCACUUUAUCAAAACAUGGUUCAAAUGAAAUUUAUGUUAAAAUUUUUGAAUUUUAUAAGAAUUGUCCUAUUGUGGAUCUUGGGUUUUAUUUAUUACAAGAUUGUACACCUGAAAUACUUGAUAGGAAAUUGUUUAAAUUGAGAUUGGAGGGUAGAACAGGUUUGGAAAUUUUAGAAAUUGUUAUACAAAAAAAUUUAUCAAAAUUGGAUUCAAUGACUUUGGGUUUUUUAAGAUUGAUGGUUGCAUUUAUUGGAAGUCCAUAUAUUACUAAAUUUAUAUUGAGAAGGUUGAUGUAUUGGGGUGAUAAUGUUGCAAUGGAUCCUUUAACUUAUGUUCAAAAUUUUAAUUGGUUUAAAGAUCCUCAGGAUUUUUAUCAAUUGAUUUCCAAAACAGUUCGAGAUGAUGCUGUUUCGUUUAUUGAAAAGAGAAUGAUUCACCAUAAUUAA